AUAAAAAGAAGUUUCUUGUAAGUCAAUCUAAAAAUCUCUUUUUAUCAAAAAGACAAAUCAGCUUGGAAUUACGUACGUUACUUAAAACUAUUUCUUCAAAAAAAUAAUUUCUCAGAUACGUGUAACGGUGAAACUUCAUCCAGCUUAAUUAAAUCGGAGUUAAUUCAGAGAAAUUAAUUCAGAUUUCCAUAUCGAUGGAACCAAUAAAAAAUUGACUAAAACUGGUGCAUUUAGAAUUAAUCGAUGAUUUUGAAGUCUUAGACGAGAGAUGCAACCAGAAAGAUCAAACUCAGUAAUUUCUAAUGAAAUUACGCGUCGGAGUUUAUGGGAAUUAUUAGGAACUGCUUGCAUCUUCCUCUUCGCUCCGCUCAUCGUAAUUGCUCUGCUCCUUCUAUACGUCUAUCGUUGUUUGGUCAAGAUCGUGUUAAGAAUCCAGUUGAGGAACAAAUUCGCUGGUCUCUUAAAGGGCACGGAUUGUGUGUGGGUCGUUGAAGAUGCCGUUUCUCUGUGCGUUAUCAAUAUCUUGAUGAUACUGGAGAAGACCGCGGGGAACUCAAACACGGUCUUCCUGGAGGAUUUCAGGAAUCUUAUAAAUAACCGCAUUGUUUCGAAGGCUGCUGGUACAACGCUCGAGAAACUGUUCUAUCUUCGGAAUCAGAAGUUCGGCUAUUAUUUUUGGGAAAGAACCGAAGAGGUAGACCUGAAAGACAGGAUCAGAUGGCUGGAAUGUGUGGACGCUAACUGCGACGGGUCCUGCGAGGAUAUCUCUGGCGAAUACUUCAGGAAGACUUUGGAAAAUGUGUUUAAUAAACCGUUGCCCGAUGAUCACAGAGCCUCGUGGGAGAUUCUCGUCGGAAAGCGCUGUCCGAAAUCCAAAUCUCAUGUCGAAGAGACACAUGUCAACACUCGAAAGAUUCCCGUGGUAUUUCGCGUUCAUCAUUCCCUGGGCGAUGGAAUGGCCCUUCUGAACCUAUUGCUCAAAACGAUCGCCAAGGAGGACGAAAUAAAAGAGACGAGUAUCAUCUCGUCAGGUGAGAAUAAAGAACAUUUCAAAGAGAUCGUUCCAGCAUUGAGCAAUUCAGAGAGGAACUUCCAGAAUGGGACGAAUGUUGUGCGAUUUUAUGAGAAGAAUAUCUUUGCCACAUCCAUGCCUUUUGCUUACGUAACGUUCUCACGAGUUAUGCAAGACAUACGAGAUCAUUUUCGUGCGUCGUUGAAGUUUUCUGAUAAUGUAACGAUCGAGUCGUUGAAACAGAAAGCAAAAAUGUCGAUCAAUUGUAUAUGCAGAUUGAAUUUCAAAAAUAUCGCACUGAAACAAAUGUACGGUAGAUUUAAAGAGGUCACUCGAUUCACGAUGAUUUUACUUUCUUCUCCAAAAUUCUUCAUUCAACAUGCUAUUUGUAGCAUGGACGAAAACGCUCUACAUGGUCCGCCUCAAACGGGUGAAAAGAUAAUAUCCUACUGGUUAGAGAACGAUGAAACUAACAAUAAAUCGCAGAAUCUUUUGACGAAAAUCCGCGAGAUAAGAAAAAAUACAGGUGCCAAAUUUGAAGAUAUAGUAUUGGCAGCUUUUUCUGCUAGUGUACACAAAUAUCAUUUACGUAUCAACAAACCAGUUCCCGAUGCAUUAACAGUUAUUUGUCCCAUAAGACUAUCAAUGCCCGAUAAAAAUUUAACCUUAGAUAACGAGUUUUCAGUCGCUAUCUUGCGAAUUUGUAUCGCCAAUGCGAACGGACAAACAAUCGUCGAGCCAAAUCGGGAUUCUCAAUUUUUCGAGCGCCUUCAAGAUAUUACAAGAGCAAAUAACGAAGUCAGAAAGAGUUUAGACAUCAUGCUUAAUUUUUGGUUCAUAAAAUAUCUGUCAGCGUUAUUACCGGUGAAAUUUUUAAGGGCUUUUCUUUUAACUCGAAGCACGAUGGUGUUUAGCAAUAUGUGUGGGCCAGAAAAAGUGCGUAUCUUGAAUAAUUCUUUGAGCAACAUUGCCUUCUGGGUACCAAACAAAAGUACUACCGCUCUCGGCUUUGGUCUGUUAAGUUACGGAGGCAACUUACAUCUAUCUUUAAUGGCUGAUAAGUCAAUCGUAAAGGACGAGAGAUCUUUUAUGGAGCUUUUAGAAAAUACUGUACAUGAAAUAGAUACUGCUUUUAAAGCCGUCAGAUCUUCCAAUAGAAACACCUACGAAAAAAGGCAUUGGAGUGUUUCAACAAAGGAGUAUGAGUGAUUGAAAUAUUUUACCUCUUUUAUACAAUGCUCUUAAUGUGAAUGCAUUUGUGCUAAGUAUAAAUUGUUAUCAUACAUUUAUUAAUAUAGGUUUUUUACAGAAUCAUUUACAGAGAUUAAUGAUUUAGUCUUUUCCGUGAAUUUGUUUAAAACUGUAUUUUAUAAAUAAAGUUUUUCAAUCU